AUGAAGCGCCCCUGGGUAUGGGGUUUGUUUCUCGUUUUCGCCAUCGGCGGUGGCUUGCUGCUCACGAGCGGCUCCUCCUCCGCAACGGAAGUCACAGACCCAGCAUCACAGACUAUCGCACCACCCCCACUGAACCUCCGCGGUUCGAACGCAGCAUCGCCUCCCCCAGACACAACGGAGAUCUCUGCCCUCUUCGAAGAAGUCGUAUUGGAAAAUUCUCAGCUCCGCUCCCAGGUGCAAUCCAUUCGGUUCACGAACGAGCUCGCGGCCAACACAGUUGAUGGCGAUUUCGACAUCGCAGCUUAUAGGGCAGCGGCCCUUGAGGCAACACCGCCAAAUAUUAUUGAGUGUGCGGAAGCUAACGAAGGUGGUAGUCAGGACGCCUGUCACUUGCCUAGCGCGCGACGCUUUGAAGCCCUCAAUCAGGAGGGAAUCACCCUCUGGAUGACUGGUCUCUCCGGUUCUGGAAAGUCUACCAUCGCAAAGGCAUUGGAAGAAACGCUCGUUUUGAAGUAUGGCAAACACGUGCAGAUGCUAGACGGUGACAAUGUACGCACCGGCCUGAAUCGCGACCUUGGAUUCUCUCCUGCAGAUCGUGCUGAAUCUGUUCGCCGCGUUGGCGAGAUGGCCUGUCUUUUCAAUGGCGGUGGUGUCAUCACCCUAGUAACUCUGGUUAGUCCGUAUCGUGCGGAUCGGGAAGCAGCUCGACAGCGCCACGAGGAUCAGGGGCUCAAGUACCUCGAGGUGUUCAUGAACGUUCCCCUGGAUGUCGUCCAAGAGCGCGAUCCCAAGGGCCUCUAUGCUAAGGUUGCCGCGGGCGAACUCAAGGGAUUUACUGGAGUCGAUGCACCGUACGAGCAGCCCCUGCACCCCGAUGUUGACCUGCCUAAUUGGGACCUUGAACUGGACGAGUGCGUUCGUAUAUUAAUCGAGAAGCUUCGUGUCGAAGGUGUCCUUGACGGAGGGCCAUCUGACCCUUCGGGUUUACCACUGCCGCCAGGGUUCACGGGGGCAUGGCUUGAAGAUGAGCUCAUCAUUUCAAAUAACAAGUUUUCUGCUUCUUCAGCUCUGGCUACAAAGCGGGCCGCAGAGGAUGGAUCUCUGCCACAAGCACGCUUAAAUGAUAUUGACGUCAUAUCGGAGGGCUGGGCCCCCCCCCUUCGUGGUUUCAUGCGCGAAGGCGUGCUGCUUCAAGCCCUACAUUUCAAUUCACUGCUAAUCGAUCCAUUUGACGACGUGGGAGCCAAAGAGCUCAACUUUCAGCAGACCAAUUGGAACAAUAACGAAGUACGCGGAAGAAAGCGCGUGAGUAUGGCCGUGCCAAUCGUUCUGCCAAUUACUGAAUUCACCAAAUCCGCUAUCGAGACCUCGCCAUCCGGCGCGGUUGCGCUGAUCGACAAAGAUGGACAUGCACUAGGAGUGCUCAAGAACCCCGAAGUGUAUCCAAACCGAAAAGAGGAAAUUGUCAGCCGUUGCUUUGGUGCAAUCGAUCCAGGCCACCCGUACAUAGCGCAUGUUUAUUCGGGUGGGAACUACUUGCUAGGCGGGGAGGUGGAAGUGUUUGAACCAAUUAGAUACAGGGAUGGUUUAGAUAAAUGGCGGCUGACACCGAAGGAACUCUAUACCAAUUUUAAGGCAAAGGGCGCUGACGUGGUCUUUGCAUUCCAGACUCGCAAUCCGACGCAUGCUGGUCACGCAUAUCUGAUGCGCACAGGGCGCGAGCGCCUUGUUGCUGCGGGCUACCAAAAUCCAGUCUUGUGGCUCUCUCCUCUUGGCGGGUGGACCAAAAGCGACGACGUGCCUCUUGAUGUUCGUGUAACUCAGCAUCAAGCCGUCCUCGACGAGCGUAUGCUUGAUCCGGAUUGGACCGUGAUGGGUAUAUGGCCUGCUCCAAUGAUAUACGCCGGCCCCACGGAGGUUCAGUUUCACGCAGCAAGUCGUCGCGCCGCUGGAGCGUCCUUCUUUGUUGUUGGACGCGAUGCUGCUGGUAUUAAGAGCUCCCCAGAAGCCACAUGGAACCCCGACGAUGACAUGUAUGACGCCAAUCAUGCCCGCUUUGCUCUUCAAAUGUCGCCUGUGCUUGAAGAUGCCCGCAUGGCUUUGCUUUCAUUCGACAAAUUCUACUACGAUAAAACAGAUCACCAAAUGAAGGCCUUGGAUCCAUCACGGGAGGAUGAUUUCAUAUCUAUUUCCGGCAGCAAGAUGCGCAAGCUUGCCGCUCAGGGAGCAACACCUUGCCGGGACCCUAUUCCUUCUGACCUUUUGGCCGCAAAUUGUGUACCCCAGGGAUUUAUGGUCCCUAGCGGCUGGGCUAUCGUGUGCGACUACUACCAGAACAUCGAGUCCCCCGAUUGGAUACCAUGGUCCAAGGCCGUUGUUCAGCCCCUGGUCGACGAGAAUACGGUGGCUCAUGGCACGUACGGCAAAACCGAUUUUGCCGUUUUUCUGACACGCGGCAGUAAGCAAGCAUCACCCUGGCACGAUAUUCCCUUGGUUGUCCCAACAACGACAUCAGCUGCUGUCUCAAGCACUGCCCAGUUCAACAUGAUCACAGAGAUCCCGAAACAUACUUCGGCUAAGAUGGAAGUCAUGAAGGACAAGUGGUCGAAUCCGAUUAUGCAAGACACCAAUAAGGACGGAUCUCCACGUUAUUAUACGUACGGCGUGCCCUUCUUUAAUUACGGGCUGCUCCCUCAGACUUGGGAGGAUCCACAUAUGAUAUCGGACGAAGGGUUCGGUGGUGAUAACGAUCCUCUUGACGUGAUUGAGGUCGGUGAAUCCCCAUUGGCUCUGGGCUCUGUGACAGAGGUUAAGGUGCUUGGCUCCCUUGAGCUGAUAGAUGAGGGUGAAACAGAUCAUAAAAUUAUCGCCCUUCGGACGUCUGACCCGAGAUCAGUUUCCAUCAAUGACGUGAAAGACCUUGAGAAUCAUGUUCCAGGGCUUACGGCCAGGCUUGUCGACUGGUUGAAAAUGUAUAAGACAAGCGAUGGUAAAGCCAUCAAUGUGUUGUCGAAUAGCGGCGAACCUACUUCACGCCUGGAGGCACAAUGUGUGCAAUCCAAAAUGGAGUCGCUCGACCAAAACAACAUGUUUGCUUGCACAUGCGAUUUAGAGAUGGAUGAUGUUGGACAAAAGCCCAUUGAAACGGGAUAUCCCGAGCUGGCCGCCAAGAACCGAGAUUUAAAAUCCAGCGGCCGAUCGAGGGCGAGCAGUGGGCGGACUCCUGGACGUAGCUUAAUUGGGGCGGCGGCCGCGCGAUCGCACCACUGGCAGUGGCGGCCGCGGCGUCCCGAGGCCGCGCGAGCCGCGUUAGCUUACGGGGGCAGGCUAACGGCAGCAGAAGGGCAGCCUGUCUAA